UGCGCACUUCGGCAGUAGCGAUAUUUCCAUAUUUGACAGUAUGGCGCUUACGAAGCAGGCGAGCUCUAAAGGAGGAAAGAAGAAGAAGCAUCUUGUAAAGUUCACGUUGGACUGCACCCAUCCGGUUGAAGAUGGGAUUAUGGAUGCUGCCAACUUUGAGCUGUUCCUACAGGAGCGGAUCAAAGUGAAUGGCAAAGCUGGAAAUCUGGGAGGUGGAGUCGUGUCCAUUGAAAGGAACAAGAGCAAAAUCACAGUUUCUUCUGAGGUGCCCUUCUCCAAGAGGUAUCUGAAAUAUCUCACAAAGAAAUACUUGAAGAAGAACAAUCUGAGGGACUGGUUACGUGUUGUGGCUAACACUAAAGAAAGCUAUGAGCUUCGCUACUUCCAGAUCAACCAGGAUGAGGAAGAUGAGGACGAGGAUUAAACAUGCAAUUUUUGUACAUUUGAAUAAAUUCAUAUUCAGAUACAUUUUCCUGAAUGUUGCGAGGUGUCAAAAAGUGUAUGGACCGGACCUUUAGGAAAUGGUGUAUCUUCCCCUUUCUUACCCAAUGUCAAUACAUGGAUAAACAAUGUUUCCCCAUGUUUUUCUUAUGGUUUGGAUAAAUCCUUUUUAAACCUCUACUAUUAUUUUUCCACCGUGUAGAUCCCAUGAUCAGGUUUAUCUAUCACGUUUUUAAUAAAUGCUUUUCUAUUGAGAAAAUA